CAUUGCAGAAAUGCAAAAUCAAGAUUGUCAAGGACUGAAGAACGUGUCUUGCAAGUCAGACGACACGUUGAACUCCUAGUUCUGACUUACGCUGACCAACCGCAAUUUUUCUUUUAAAAUCAAAUCAAUAACAAGCUGACACUCGAUAAGUCGAUAAACCCUCUCAUCUCCUCAGUUUUGGAACAAGAAGAAGAAGGUGGCCCAAAAAACAGAGCAAGAAGCAGGGCUCCUCUCUUUCUCUCUCUUGAGUUUUUCUCCCAUCGGUUCCAGGUGUGUUUGGAGGAAAAAUUCGAAGAGUCUUAUAGUGAAGUGAGAAUUACAAAAGAAGAAGAAUUGCAGGAUUUGAUCCACCAUGGAGUCCAAGCAGGAUGAAGUUUUCCACGAUAAGGAUGAACAGAAGACAAGAAACAAAGUAUCUGUGUCCAAUAUCUCUAAGGUUGAUGGGAAAGAUGUGUUGAAACUGUUCUCUAGUUUGCCAGAUAAUAAAGUGCGAGCUAAUGUGACUGAUUGGAAACGUGGAGAAAAUAUUGCACAUGAUGCAUCUUCUGCAGAUAUAGAUGCCUCUGCUGAAGUGAACAUGGAGGCAUCAAUAACAGCUGAUGAUUUCAUGCGGGCCGGAGGCUUCGGUGCUAGAGAUGACAUAAGUAGUUUUCUUCCUGUUGCAAGUGACUCUACUGACUUUGAAGCUGCAAUACGUGACGCUAGAGGCUAUGAAGAACCACAGGGAGAUAUCUGCAGACCAGGUCUUGGCUGGAAAGAAGCUAGAGAAACAGAAUAAC